AAUUUGUUUAUGCCGCUGAAAUGGAAACAAAAAAAGAGCCGCAGAAACGCUACAUUUGUUCGUUUCCCGAAUGCUCUGCAGCUUAUAACAAACAGUGGAAACUGGACGCCCACUUGUGUAAACACACGGGAUUGAAGCCGUACUCGUGUGAGCACGAUGGCUGCGGAAAGUCGUUCUGUAGCCCCUACCACUUGGCGCGACAUGAGCUCAGUCACAGCGGUGUGAAGCCUUUUCACUGCACCGAGGAGGGCUGCGAGGAGGCCUUCACCACCAACUCAAAUCGGGCCCGACAUGUCAGCCGCGUUCACACCCAGGAGCAGAAGAAGUAUGUUUGCAAAUUUGAGGGCUGCAAGCUCGAGUUCAAGAAGAACAAGCAGCUAAAGUCCCACAUGUGUGAGCAGCACACCCAGCUGCCCCCUUACCAGUGCACUCAUGAAGGCUGCCAGAUGCGAUUCACCUUCCCCAGCAACCUGAAGCGACACGAGAAGGUGCAUAGAGGGUACCCCUGCACAGUGGAGGGCUGCAGCUUCACAGGAAAGACCUGGACAGACUACCUGAAGCACAGGAAGGACCAGCACAGGAUCAUUUUGAAGUGCGACCAGUGCAACAAGGUGUUCAGGGACUCCUGGUUCCUGCAGCAGCAUCAGCGCAUCCACUCUGAGAUGCGGGUGGUCCUGAAAUGCCCCAGGGAUGGCUGUGACAGGUCAUUCACCACAACUUUCAACCUGGAGAGCCACAUCAGCUCCUACCACGACCAGCUGCGGCCCUUUGCCUGCACCCAUGCAGGCUGUGGGAAGACCUUCGCCAUGAGGCAGAGCCUCCAGCGUCACAGCAUUGCCCACGACCCUGACAGGAAGAAGCUGAAGAAGCCUAAGCCCAAAAGAUCUCUUGCUUCUAGGUUGAGCGGUUACAUUGAAAAAAAGAGAGUGGUCUGCAAAAAGCGCAGGGAGCCUGAAUCCCUCAGUGGGUCUGCACAAAAGAAGACUGAUCCACCUGGUCCUGUUGAGUUGGUGUCCCUCCUGCAGGAUACGUCCUUGCUGUGCAGCCCUGCUGUGGACGCACAAGAACUUACUAAUGCCCUGACUACACCUCUGACAGUGUAGGGUUAAAUGGAGGAAUUCAUACCAGCAUUAUGAGGACAGCAGGCACUUGAUAAGAGCAUUUAUGAUCUAUUAUCAUUUCUGACUCGGUUGUCGGGGAUCUUGGUGUUGCAUAAAUUUAGUCCACCACUGUUAAGUCAAAAAAAAUCUAAAAGCCUAAAAAGCUCCUUAUUUUGGACACAUUAUUUUGGUAGGUUGGAACCUAAAAGACUAAACUGUCAGCUGAGUUGAUUUAUUUUGAUUUGCUGCCUUUUUGAAAAUGAAUCCUGAAGAAGUCAGCACAGCUACAAGAAAUAUUGUCUUGAAAUCAAAUCCUGGUGUUCCGUCCUUCUUCAACUGCAGUUUUUCUCUCUACUUAAAUCAUUUCAUGGGGAGUUUUUUAUUUUUUCUGGAGCCAUUAAAUCCACUAUAUUUGUGCCAUAUUAAUUUAAGAAAGUAUAUUUUUUUGUGCAUAUUGUAAAGAUAAUAAGAACAUUUUGUUUUUGUAAAAUUUCAGAAAAUAUAAGUGUUUGUUUUAAUAAAACCUAUGGAUGCAUGUA